AAAACACUAACAACAGGUAGCAUUUUACAAUGUUUUCUUGUGUAAAUCAAGGACACAUCUCUAUUUAUAAUUCACUGCAAUAUAUGUUACUGGAAUGAAUCAGACAUGAUGCAGAAAGCCACAAUAUGUUUUAUGUCUUAUAUACAUUUGUAUUUUUUUGCACUGAGUAAUUCCAAAAUACAAGAAUUUGUAUACACACCAUCCACUGAUACAGAUACAAUAGUAAUGCUAAUCUACUCGGUCUUCUCCAUUUGGCCACAGGAUCUCAUCCACAUCACAUCUUAUGUCAUCUAGGGCAAUACACCUAGGAAAGAAUCUUCUGGCAUGCCUGAUCCAUCCCUAACAAUCUUCUGCUGAUAUGUCCAGGAAUCCAGCAUUCAUUGCGUCCAGGAGGGAUAUUUGAUCAUGUGGAUGGUGGUCAUAAAGCUUCCACCUCUAUGAGGAAAAUAAUUCCUCUAUGGGGUUGAGGAAUGGAGAGUAAGGUGGGAGGAAAAGUGACACCAUUCUGGGAUGGUCUGCAAACCACUCUGUGACUGUACUGGAGUGGUGAAAUGCCACAUUGUCCCAUACAAUUAUAAAUGUUGGCUGAUUUCUUCUCUCCAUCCCUUUCCUCACCUAGCACAACCCUUCCAUAGAGGUCAUGCAGGAACGCAAGGAGACGUUGAGUGUUGUAUGGCCCAAUUAGUGGUUUGUGUCACAGCAGUCCAUCAGUGGAUAUUGCUGCGCACAUUGUGGUGUUGGCACCCCUCUGGCCCGGGACAUCCACUGUGGCUCUCUUCCCAAUCAUGUUCAGAGUUCCUCUCAAAAGGCACAGUGUACAACUGUUUCAUCCUUACCUGAUGUUGUUUCAGGACUCUACAAAUUGUUGUUAUGCUUACACUGUGAAUAUUUGCAAAAGUAACUUUGUCUGCCAAGACUGUCUCGAAUCUCAGUGAGUUUUAUGCCAUUGUUUCUGAUGACCAUAUCAACAAUGGCAGUUUCCUGAAAAUCUGUGAACAUCCUUCCUCUCCCACCUGUGUGAGGUAACCAUUGAGUCCUAAGCAGAUAUGCAAAAGCAAUUACACAAAAGUCUAUUUACUUCUGUAAUGUGCAACUCAGUCAAAUACCCUUGCAGAAUACAAGUUACCUGUUGGUUUGCCUGAAAACUCUAACAAUAGAUGCCACUGUUGAGUGUUGCAGAUUUGGCUGCACUCUCUGACCAGCCUCUCACAUUGAGAGACCAUGAUUUACUACACGAUCAAUUACAGUAGCUCUGGUCUCAUCUGAGACUACAGCUCUUGUUCUUCCUCUUAUUCUUCUUCCACCACACAUAUGUAUUCCUCGCCCCCUCCCAGUCACUCUUCUUCCUCUUUCAGCCACUUGUCUAUUUCUGUCUGGGUCCAUUUUUCUGGCUGGGUCCACAUCACAAUGCAAAACUACUCAGCAGUUGUCUCCUUUUGUAAUGAAAUUGAAAGAGUAACAACUGUGUAGAUGUUCAUCUACAAUGAGAAUCAGCUGUGGUUGGUCCAAUUGUUUUUUAGCGCAUCUUAUUUUAAGAUUUAAAAUAUAUUUCAUUAAAAUAUGACUAUAGAACUGUAGCAAAUUGCUGUCAUAUUCUGUUUUGUAUUAUGUUAUUGUUUUGAACUUAAGUUUAACAGUUUUGAAAACAAUAUGUAAGAAUGUGCACAUUGGCCAGUAAGUACACAGAGUUUUGGCGGUUGUUGUGUUGAAGUGAGAAAAUAAUUUUUGUCAUUUGAAAGAUGUAGUCAUUGAAUGCAUUUUGUGCCAAAGCAAUGAUAAUUAAUCCUCAGUUUAGCCCACUUAUACUUCUGUUGUGCUCACUGAAUGAAGAGUUUUGAAAAAGUGACCUAAGUAUUGGGAAAUGUGUCCUAGCGACUGUAAAAAACUGUAAUUCUUAGGUUUGAAUUACACUGCUGUGAAUUAAUUAUUCUGUUAAUUCAAAUCCUUGUUUUCAUGUCUAUCCUGUGUUUCAGCUUUUUUAUUAUUAUUAGAUUUUGUGAAGUUAUCUCUGGUUUCGUUUCAGGAAAUAUGUUAAUUUGCAUUCUAUGCACCAUAUGUUGCUUGGUAGACGCUCUCUAUAAACAGUUGCUACUUUAGUUUCCUGUGGGGUUGGAACAGUUCACAGCUGUAAGUGCUUUGUUAACUUUUGGAAGGAAGAGCUCCAAGAUGAGUGACGAAAUGGUGACAAAUGAUUAUUGGAAUUACAGUUACACAGACGGCAACUCAUCUUCCCCCACAAAAGGACAGGAAAAUAAUUCUAUACGCGUGGUUUCUUUAGUCCUCUACAGUGUUGCCUGUCUCCUUGGUAUCCCAGGCAAUGCCUUUGUUAUCUGGAUAGCUGGCAUUAAGAUGAAGCGGACAAUAAACACUGUUUGGUUCGUCAGCCUGGCACUUGCUGACCUUUUCUGCUGUAUAUCUCUUCCCUUCAGCAUAGCUCAUAUCUUACUGGACUACCACUGGAUAUAUGGAAACGCAAUGUGUAAGUUUAUUCCCUCAGUCAUUGUCCUCAACAUGUUCGCCAGUGUGUUCACCCUCAUGCUCAUCAGCCUGGAUCGCUUUGCCCUGGUCAUCCUUCCUGUCUGGUCACAGAACAAUCGGAGCAUCCCCCUGGCCUUGCUGCUCUGCGGGCUGGCCUGGAUCAUGGCGUUCCUCCUCACUCUGCCCUCCAUGAUCUACAGAGAACUAUUAGUCAUUGAUGAUAUAAACCUGACUUUGUGCACCUACAAUGACAGCAACCAGUCAGCCAUCAGAGCCAGCUUCGUUGCCAGGCUGGUGCUCGGCUUUCUGGUCCCUCUGCUGGUCAUCACCCUCUGCCACCUGCUCAUCGGAAGGAGGGUGAGCAGUAGCCGAUUCAAGUCGCGGAGAGCCUUCAGGAUUAUUCUAGGAGUGGUGGUGGCUUUCUUUGUGUGUUGGCUGCCGUAUCACGUCAUAGGGAUGGUGAUGGAGUACGGUGGAGAGGCCUUGGGGGAAGUGGCACAGGACCUGGAUCCGCUGGCGGUCGCUCUGGCGUUUGUCAACAGCUGCCUCAAUCCCGUGCUGUACGUGUUCAUGGGGCAGGACUUCAGAGCGAGGGUCAGGGUCUCCCUGAGGAAGAUAUUUGAGAACGUCUUCAGCGAGGAUGGGAAUGGGACUGUGCCUCCCUCAGGGUAUUCUAUAGGACAGUCACAGCUCUCACAGGCAACUCAUUCUUCUGAGGCACAGGUGGAAGUUUGAAAUGGUUGAAAACACACAACCCCAAUUCCAAAAAAGUUGGGACGCUGUGUAAAAUGUCAAGAACAACGGAAAUGCAAUAAUGUACAAAUAAUUAAAACCCUAUGUUCAGUGGUUAAAAUUUUGCCGGAUCUUGCCGGAACAAGAUUCAGCACCUCUCAGAUUUUCCUCAGUUUGUUCCGGCACCUACUUUUCACAGAUCUGGUCUGCUACGCAUUACUUGUCUUUUUCCAUCGCUGUGUUCGCUUUGCACUGUAAAGAUUCUACUAAAAGUGUUCAGAGUUCACAAAGUUGUCUUUUCCUGCAGCCUCUUGUAGUCUCGGCACCGCCUGACAAGACUGUGAAAGUUUUAACAUUUUGUUUUCCACUGUUGGUGCUACCAAUGAGCUGAUGCCAAUUUGUGUCGAUUUGCCAGCCGGAUCCAUGUCUGUCGUGUGCCCAAAUGUGUUCCGGGACCUUGCAAAUCAAGCACUGCCUAUAUUCUAUAGGAAAUAGUACAAAGACAACAUCAAAUGUUGAAACAGACAUCUUAUUGUUUCUUGAAAAAUGUAAUUUGAUGACAGCAACAUGUUUAAAAAAGCUGGGACAGGGGCAACAAAAGACUGGAAAAGUUGUGUAAUGCUAAUAAAAUUACCUGAUGGAAAAUCUCACAUCUUAUUAGGUUAUUUAGCAACAUGACUGGGUAUAAAAAGAGCAUCCAAGAGCAUCUUUCAGAAGUAAAGAUUGAGAGGGGUUCACCACUCAG